AGAGCGAGAGACCAUUAAAAACGGAGAAAAAAAAGCCCCAGAAAAGGGAACGUCACAUCCCCUUGACCCUCCAAUCACCUCGGGGUCCCAUUUGAUUGGAAGGCGGCAAAGGCUUUAAUCUCAGACUAAUUCAGCUGCUUUUGAAGUGAGUUUCUUUGCCAGAUCCCGGACUGGAUGGGCAGCGGCUCGCAUCACAGCUGAGCGGCGGAGGCGAGCGCUCCGCGCCGCGCCAGCCGGGGGAGCUGAGAGCGGCCGAGGGGGAUCGCGGCACACGCUCGCAGCCCCCACCCCCGCCCCCAGCACAGCCCAAGGAUUACUCGGCUUUUUUUCCUCCUCUUUCUCUCCGGCCGGCUCCCCCUUUCCCUCCCCCUCUCCACCCACGCCCUCCCCGCCAGAGAGAGCCACGGGACAUUGUAUGUUUGUUUUUCUGCUCGGGGGGCGUGUGGCUUUUUUCCUUUCUCGCCCGCAGAAAGCGAGCGAGCGUUUCCGAGUGCGAGCGGCGCCACUUGCCCCAGUUUUCAUGCGAGGUUUUGGGUCAUGAUCACAUCGCCCUCGCUUUCUGCUAUAAGAAGUAGUAAGCGCAGCAGCAGCCUCAGCGAGCCCGGAGGCAGCCCCCGCCGCAGCCGCAGCGCCGCCGACCUCGCCGGGCCGAACGGGCACGCUGGGAAUAACGGCAGCAGCGCCGCCGCCAAGCCCUGCUUCCACGCCGUCCCCCCCUCGGACCCGCUACGCCAAGCCAACCGCCUUCCCAUCAAAGUCUUGAAAAUGCUCACGGCGCGGACUGGACACAUUUUACACCCUGAAUACCUGCAGCCUUUACCCUCCACGCCCGUCAGCCCCAUUGAGCUGGAUGCAAAGAAGAGCCCCUUGGCCCUUUUGGCACAAACUUGCUCGCAGAUAGGGAAGCCGGACCCGUCCCCUUCCUCCAAACUCUCCUCGGUCACCUCCAAUGGCUCCGGAGGCGACAAGGACUCCAAGUCGGGCCCCUUGAAGCUCAGCGACAUCGGCGUGGAGGACAAGUCGAGCUUCAAGCCGUACUCCAAGCCGGGCGCCGAGAAGAAGGAGCCGGGGGCGGCGGGCUGCGCGGGCGCCCCCGCCGCGGGGGUCGCGGCCGGGGAGAAGUCGGGAUUCCGGGUGCCGAGCGCCACCUGCCAGCCGUUCACCCCAAGGACAGGCAGCCCCAACUCCAGCGCCUCCGCCUGCUCGCCCGGGCUGCUGCCGGCCGAGGGAAAAGGCGGGGAGGACAAGAAGGACUCGGAGGGCUGCGGGAAGAGCGGCAGCGCCGGCUCGGAGGGAGGCCCGGGCACCACCAGCAUCAGCCACAGCCGGAUUAGCGUGAGCUGUGCCGGGAUUAACGUGGAGGUCAACCAGCACCAGGAGAGCACGCCGGGCUCCAAGCCCAUCGCAUCGGACUCCGCCUCCUCCUGCAGCAGUACCACCGCCACCUCCUCCACCUCCGUUCUGGGCUCCGGCCUCGUGGCCCCCGUCUCCCCCUACAAGCCGGGCCAGACCGUUUUCCCCCUGCCCCCGGCGGGCAUGAGCUACCCGGGGACGCUGGCUGGAGCCUACGCCGGCUACCCGCCACAGUUCCUGCCGCACGGAGUGGCUCUGGACCCCACCAAAUCCUCGAGCCUGGUGGGGGCCCAGCUGGCCGCCGCCAGCAGCCUGGGCUGCAGCAAGCCGGCGGGAUCGAGCCCGCUGGCGGGCGCGUCGCCGCCGUCGGUGAUGACGGCGAGCCUGUGCCGAGACCCCUACUGCCUGAGCUACCACUGCGCUAGCCACCUGGCAGGCGCCGCCGGAGCCUCCUGCGCCCACGACCAAGCCCUCAAGUCCGGAUACCCCCUCGUCUACCCCACCCAUCCUUUGCACAGCGUCCAUUCCUCGCUGACCGGGGCCACGCCGCCCUCGCUAGCCGGCCACCCUUUGUACCCCUACGGCUUCAUGCUCCCCAAUGACCCCCAGCCACACAUCUGCAACUGGGUGUCGGCCAACGGACCCUGCGACAAGCGCUUUGCCACCUCGGAGGAGCUGCUUAGCCAUUUGCGGACCCAUACUGCCUUCCCGGGCACCGAUAAACUUCUCUCCAGCUACCCCAGCUCCUCCUCGCUGGCCAGCGCAGCGGCUGCAGCCAUGGCAUGCCACAUGCACAUCCCCACGACGGGCGCCCCAGGCAGCCCGGGCACGCUGGCCUUGCGCAGCCCGCACCACGCGCUGGGACUCGGCAGCCGCUACCACCCCUACUCCAAGAGCCCCCUGCCCACCCCCGGGGCCCCCGUGCCCGUGCCCGCUGCCACCGGACCCUACUACUCCCCUUACGCACUCUAUGGGCAGAGACUCACCACAGCCUCGGCCCUGGGGUACCAGUGAGUGCAGGCAGCGGGGCUUUGACACACAACACAAAGUCUAGCGGUAAGGGAAGGAAGCCCUGCAAAACUUUAUAAAAGUUGGAAAGAAAAAAAAUCUGACUUUUUAUAAAAUAGUGUUCAUUUGAGGACUGGAUCCAUGAGCACUGUAUUUAUUUAUGUUAGCUUCAAGCGGGACAACGAAUCAUAAAGUGCAUUACUAAACUGAGCUCAAUAGGUAAAAGUGGAACACCCAUUGUAGAAUAUAAAUAAAAAGAUAGAGGUCUUCUCUUUAAUGUUACUUUGAAAUUGCUAUGAUUGUAUUGUACGUUCUUAUUUAAUGUCUCAUUGAAACAAAAAAAUUUACAUGCAUGUUUGUUACUAAAAAACAACUCGCAAUUUGUCAGUUAUAAUUUCAAAUUGCAAUUAUUUUUAAGGUGUAUACCCUUGAAAGAGAAUUGGUAUUUUUUUGUAUGUAUUCUGGAAGAAAAACAAAAACAAUUCUAUUCCAAAAACCUCAUUUGCCUUAUUUUGUUCUUUAAAAGGAACACUUAACUAUUUUUAAUUUUUAAGUCCACCCUGUAAAAAGGGUUAAGUAAGGUUUACGUCAUGUACUAAAAUAGACAAUGUAUCGCUUUAAAGAUUAAAAUUCCGUAUAUUUGAUGUAUUAAAAGGUUUUACUUUUUUUUUUAAAUACGCUUUGAUUCUGUUAUAAAACCCGAGUAGGUCUUGGAUGGAGGUGACUGCUAAUUUCUCCUUAAGCGUUUAUUCAAUUUUAAUUAAAAAUUAAAAAAACCACAAAAAAACCAAAACCAAAACCCAAAGUUUUUUUUUUAUUGUAACCCAGGGCUCUCUUAAAAAAUAAUCAGUCAGAGUUGGGUUUUUUUUCUUUUCAGUAGAAUUUGUUGGCACGAAAUAGGAAAACUGAGAGUCACUUAAAUCUCUUUCCCUUUCUUAAAGAAGUCAAACUUUUUAAGAAAAUGUUUUUACUGUGAAAUACCUGGUUUUAAAACCAGUUUUCAGAUAGAAGACUUCUUUCUUUAGAAAGAAAUGGGGAAGGCAAGACUGUUUUGUAAAAGUGUAAGAUGAUUGUCCGAAAGCUUUUUUUUUUUUACAAUGUAAUGUAUUACUAUUCAUCUCUUUCUAAAUGAGAAGUUCAGAAGUAAUUAGGGAAGCACUGUUUGAGCUCAUCCAGUUAUUUUCAAUUUCUUUCUUCAGUUCGCACCGCAGCACAAAAGAUCAUCACGUUAAAAAAAAAAACAAAAACCGGACAGCUCUGAAAACUCAUUUUCUUUUAAAAACGAAGGGACGGAGGAAAAAAAAAAAAAAAAAAAACCAUCCGUUAUUUGGGCUGAGUUUGCUCUUUGCUGAAGUGCAGUGCCAAACUCGACGUGAUACCGAGAGGGGCUGCCCCUGCCUGCGCCGCGUCUCUGCCUCCCCAGCCCGGGUUUCCUAGCGCCCAAGGGCCACCGCCCAGCUCCGGCUCGUCGUCCUGCAUUCAGGUUUUGAUUGGUUGGUUUUGUUUUUUGUUUGGUUUUUUUUUAAGGAACAAAUCUGAAGUGGAAAAUCGCUGGAGCCACCAGCAUCAAAUCUCCUUUCUAUACAUAUUUUUGGGUGUAAUUUCUGACAUUUCUAACCCCAUGUUCAGAUGCCCCGCCACCCCUGAUUCUUUCUGCACCAUGAAGCACAGCCCGCACUGCUUCAUGAACAGACCUGAAGUAGGCAAGCAACCAGUUCUGAUCAGAGGUGUCUAAUCCCUGCUAAAUCUCUUUCUCAGCUCACUCCUGGAAAAUUCGGGGCAGACUACCUUUUCUUUUUUAAGGUAAAAUUUUGUUGCAAUGAAGCACAGAGGUGUCAGAAGAAAAAAGACGGACCCUGAGUCUCUCUGCUCUCACCUCUUCGGAGGUGGAAUGCUUUGGCAGCAGAGACGUGGUUGAAAUUUGAGCAGAUUAUACAUUUGAGCUUGUGCACAAAUGCGAAAAGACUGUCCUAAUGCUGGGUAUUUCUCCAUCAACAUCAACCAGGUGCUGCUGUUGCAAAAAUCCCACCUCCGGCUGCUUGCUCUGUGCGUGUGUGCACGCACAGCGAUGCACAGACUUUGUUCUCUCUUCAUGUCUGAAAUUCAUCAACUACUCCCCCCUGUUCCCAGCCCCCCAUCCCCUACGUGAAAAAAAAGUGAAUCCGUUCAGGCUUUGAAUAUUGUAAGAAGCCUUGUGUGUGUAUUUUUUUUUUUAAUCUUCAGAUGAAUUAAAGACAACCUGACAAUGCUGUCAUCUGUCUUCAACGUCACAUCAAGGCAAGAAAUAAUGAUAACAGAGCAGCAGAAGGACGCCCACUGAAACCUGGAGGAUAUAUAUACACAUAUAUACACACACACAUAUAUGCCUUGAAACAGUUUGAAAGAGAACAAAAUUAGAUUACCGCUCUUAGGCUAUCGCGGUAAGAACAUGUGGGAUUUUGCGUGUGUGUGUGUAUAAAUGGUUCAUCUUUCCUGCCUUAUUUUGUAAAGUGCGUGCUAUUCGAUCCAAACCACUUCUGUGGGAUGGGACAAGAAGACGAGCAGGCACAUUCCUCGUUCCCAAACUACCACGACCAAUGGAAGCACAAAAAUAUCUCCCCUCCCCCUCCAUCGUUUCAGGUUCACGUUCCAGUUAAUAACAAACGUUACUGCUCUCCUGAGGCGCAGGCCAGAGCGGGCACGCUUUACACGGAGGCCCAGGCGGGCACGUUACGCGCAGCUGCCCGGCGGAAGAGGAGCUGCUCCCGGGAGGAAGAGCGAGGAGCGGCUCCCCUUUGUCUGCGCGGGCCGCGGGCCGGUGUCGCUCCCGGCCGCCAGGCGGCGCUGCGGGCCCCGGCGGAGCUGAGGGCAGCGCCCGGAGCCGGGCCCGGCAGGGACCCGACGGACAUGGCGGGUUCGGCCGCUGGGAAUCGCCCCCAGCCCCGGAGGGCAGCAUGGCAGCACAAAUGGAUUUGCUCCGAUAAAAACAGAUAGGCCGGACUAAAAAAAAAAAGAAAAAAAAAGAAAAAAAAAAAAAGUGGUGGUUGGGUUUGGGUUUUGGUUUUUUUUUUUUUAAAUCACGCUUGUAAUCUCAUUCGCUCUGAAAGGUAAAUAAAUUGCAGUUGUGUGAAAAACAAUUGGUGCUACAUGUGUUCAUAACAGAUGGGAUCUUAUCACAGUUUAACUGUAAUAAAUUCUGACUUCUGGAAAUUGUAAUCUCUA